GAUGGUUAAUUUAUUUUUUAUCGGUUUUUUACAGACGUUCAUGAUGCGUGUGAUUAUUUUAUUAUUUACGGUGCUAGCAGUUGCGCUCGGCAACCAGAUCAGUUUUGAAGAUUUGGAUAUAGAAAAGUUAUUGAGCAAUGAGGAAAAGAGUAAAGCAGCGUUCGCAUGCCUCAUGGACCAGAAGCCUUGUGGAGAGAUGCAGGGAUUAAGAGAUACUAUACCAUACUUGAUAAAAACUAAAUGUGGUCAGUGUACUCCAAAACAGAAGCAGAAGUAUGAUCACAUAUCAAAAGUUCUCAGUGAAAAACAUCCAGAAUACUUCAACGCUUUAGCGUUAAAAUAUUCGUCGUCGGCGAAAUAAUUUGAGUAGUCUAAAACGGUUCUAUAAUUCUUAAAGGUUGUUAAAGGGGAAGAGUACAUUUUUAUGUAAAACUUAAAUCACAGUUUACCAUUUUCAAAAUGAAUUAAAUAUAUAUACUUGUCUUAGAACGUCUUCAGAUUACUAAUACUAUUUUUGAAUUUGGCCGGAAAAUACUGCCACCUUUUCAGGUGAUAAUCAUUUAGGAAUUCAUUUAAAUACUAUAAAAAUCAAAGAUAUUCGGCAUAAUGCAUUUGUUAUAUAAAACAACCAACAUGUGUUCAUUGUUUCUAUUCUAAUUACCAAAGUAAGGGUUAUUGAUGUUGGUUCAUACCAUAUAACAGAAAUAUAUUUUCCCUUGAUGGUCAUGAAAAAUAAUAAUUGUAAAUUCACCUUAAUGUACAAAAUAUUAUAUUAAGUAUUCGAUUUGUAUUCUGUUUAAAAUAAUUAUAAUAUAUAAUUUAGAAUCGAUUGAACCUGUAACAAUGUUUUCAUGAAAGUGCCAAGUGUUAGAAAAAAAAUAAAGUUAACCAAUAUUAUGUUUUGUUA